UAUCAACAAAAGGUGACGUGAUGGCGCAGGAUGUGAAUACGAUUUUGUGCAUAUUUGUGUUAUAUUUAUCUUUUAAAGGGGGACAGUUAGAAAAGAUCUCUAUGAAAAUUGUUGAAGAGCCAUCAAAUUUUGGAAGCAGCUAUGGUCAAGAUUCUCAAACUCAUUCACUUACUCCAAAGGUGAAACCUGCCAAUUUUUCAGGACCACCACAUCUGAAAAGACUUUAUGGAAAAUGUUUUGAAAAAUUAGAUGAAAAUUAUAGAUAUGAAUUCUGCCCAUUUAUCAACCUAACUCAGCAUGAACUUGCAUUAAGGUGGAACCCAUAUAGUGGAAUUCUAGGAAUUUGGGAAGAGUGGGAGAUUAAAAACAACACAUUUAUUGCCAUGUUAAUGAAAAAUGGUGAUGACUGUGGAGACUUGCACAGAUCUGUAAAAGUUAUUUUUCAUUGUGGCAAAACAAAUGAAAUCACUGAAGUAACCGAACCAGAGACCUGUAAAUACCUGUUAAACUUUUCCACGCCACUGGUGUGUCAUGACCAUUCAAUGUUGGUGUACCCAGUGCUGAGUCCUGAGCUCAGGGAGAAGUGGAACUUGCUGGAGGGAGAUUUUCUCAAUGAGGAAGUGACAUCAAAGGGAUACAAUAAAGAAUUGAGGCACAUAUUUGAAGAAGCAGGGUUUUAUAUGUCAAAAAAAGUCCACCUAUCAUUAUCGAAGGAGGAUAGUACUCAUAAUGGAGAAGAAACUGAUGGAACAAACAGUGAAAAUUUGGAUACUUUGGAUAAGUGUCUUGUUGAAUACCACAAAUUGAAACAAGAAAUUGAAGGAUUGAGAGUCCUUGUUGCCUUACAGGGAAAAAAUCAAGAACAAAACAUAGAAUCAUAAUAAAGCACAGUAGUGUUACUGCAAAGGAGGAAUACUAUGAAGAUAUUAUAGUUCAUGACUUUGAAGGAGACUACUAGCUGUGAUAUUGGAGUAAAAAACUCAACCCUUAAUAUGGGUCAUUACCAAAGCAAGAAGCUUGAUCAAUAGCAUAUUUGGCAAAUUAAAAAUCAAGCAUGAUUUACUAUUGUAAAUUAGAACUACAGAUUAAUUUUUUAAAAUUUUUAUCCUGUACAAGGUUAUUAAUGAUAAGUCAUUUCUUUCCCCCGAAGACUGUUAUCUAUGAUAAAAGACUAAAGGGAUCAUAACAACUCUUCGUAUGUGAUCUAUAUUUCACAAUAAAAACAUUUUAUAAUAUAUUCUAUUUCACCAAAAAAACUGAAGUAAAAGCAAAUUUUCUGAAAUCUAUGCUUGCCAUUGUACCAUGUGACCUCGAUAGAUGGCUGUACAAAAAACUU